GGACAGCAACCGUUUAGACAGCCAACGACUAGCAUCGGAUACCAUUGAUAACACACCAGAAUCGGACAGCAGGAACUGUAUAAGAACACACCCAUCCCAUGAAGACAUAAAGCUACGACAAGUCAAACACGGUUCACUCGGCCUCAGCAGAUAAUAACACUACCAACCCAAUCAUGCCGACGUUUCAGCCUUCCGAACGAGAUCGGCCUUACGAUGCUCCAUACUCGACAUCGGGUGACCACCUUGAAGAGGAGGAUCCUACCGAUGAACCCAUAUCUACGUCCAGACCCACCGUGUCAUCCUCGGAAAAACACUCUGUACUUGACGAACUCCUACCCCUGCCUACCACCACCCUCGAGUCAUCCUCUACCUCCCCAUCCUAUUUGUCCACCCACCUGAACCUCCUCCACUCUCUACGUCGGGUAACGAGCCUCUCUAUCAUCAUCGGCUUCGUUCUCGGGAUCGCUUAUAUCGCAUCGACUUCCCCCGCCGUGGACGGGUCGAUAAGAAGGGCAGAGACCGCCUGGGGGAGGUUCACGAGGUUACAUGGAAAGGUGUUCGAGGAUGUGGGCAGCGAUCGGGUAAAGGGGGAUAGUGGGAUGCAGGUCGAGGUCGGAUCCGAGGUAGGGCAAAGCGAAGGAGACGGAGCUGUGCAAGGAAUCACGCAAGGGACCUUGGGAGACGAACUGAACGAUGAGGGGAUGAGCGUAGAAGAAUACGUAUGGGGGGAUUCAGAUCCUAUUGUUGACGAACCCGGUCUCGACCUAGACCUGAGCGAGGAGGGUGACGGUGAUAGUAAAGGGAAAGAGGAUGAGAACUCGGUCGGAGGAAGGGAUUGGGCGAGGUAUACGUUCCUGAGGACGUUGGGAGAUGGGCACGUGGAUACGAGUGUACCGGGAAAGAGGGUCAUUUUCGUCGGAGACGUGCAUGGAAUGUAUGACAGUUUACAAAAACUGUUGACCAAGAUCCAGUACGACGCCUCGAAAGACUUCCUCAUCCACGUCGGCGACCUCGUGGCCAAAGGGCCCGAUCCGCUCAAAGUCUUAAAGUUCAUGCGCAAGAACAGAGUACGGGGUGUGAGGGGCAACCACGAUGAAAAGGUCGUCGAAUGGAGGAAUUGGAUGGUCUGGGCGGGAACCAAGGAGGCGGAGAGAAGGAGGGCUGAACGAGGGGAAGAAGUGUCGAGCGACGAUAUCCAGGACGACGACGAUCCGGAUUCGGCGACAUGGCGACAAUUUGUCAAGUCCAUGGACUGGCAAUACGGUGCCGACCCUAAACGACUCCACUCGGCGCUAUCCACCUCGAACCUCCCGUUCCCCAAAUCCUGGGAAUGGCGGUCGGAACAUUGGAAGAUCGCCAGGGACAUGAACAAGAAGGAAUACGACUACCUCGUCUCCCUCCCCCUCGCCCUCCAUAUCCCUUCUAUUCACUCCGUCGUUGUGCACGCGGGGUUACUGGGGAGGGACCCGACGAAAUUGGCUGAUGCGGCCGACCAACCAUACUCGAACCUUUUUGACGAGGUCACCGAGACCGACCCCAAGGCGGCGCCGAUGUCGAGGCACCAAGCCGAGCUCGACGUGUUUACCAAGAUCAAACAGAACCGCCGACCCUACACCUUGAUGAACAUUCGGUCUGUGCUCAAGGACGGUCGGGUGACCAAGAAGAGCAACAAGGGAACCCCGUGGUCGGACAUCUGGCAGCAGGAACAAGCGAGGUGUGCAGGGCCCGGGAGGUGGGCUUUGGGCGAGGUCGCAGAGGACGAGGAUGAGACGGUCGGGGUGGAACAUGCUGGCGUGGAAAUGGUCGAGGAUAUGGAGAGCAGGGGUCUAGAGGUGGGGUUAGAGAAAAGGAAGAAACACGUGGUAUUGGAGAGUCUGCCUCGGUUGAAUUGUUCCCCGUUGACCGUCAUCUACGGGCAUGCCGCCGGUCGAGGACUGGACAUCAAGCAAUUUAGUAAAGGACUCGAUUCGGGUUGCGUCUACGGUCAUCGGAUGACGGCGCUGGUCCUGGGUGAUCUGACCGGGCUGGGCGUCGAUUCCGAAUCCAACUUGAAUCAGACUCAACCUGAGACCGAAGAUGCAGUCACCGAGCAGGGCCUGGGGAAGAAAGGACGAAAGGUGAGAGUAGGGAAUCAGAAGGGAAUGUUGGUCGACGUUGGGUGUCCGAAAGAGGCGUAGCGUCAUGGCGACACUUGAUCAUCGAUGCCGAGCCGGUCAACUCCCCGUUUUCCCACGUUUUUGUCUGUAUUUAGAUGUGUGCCGCUUGAUCUAUUGUAGCCCCUCGUUGUAAAAUAGCAUAGCAUUGUCAUCUACGUAUCUACGUCAUUACUAUCCUUUGCAGAAAUAU